UUUUUUGAACUAAAUGCUUCGAAUAUCAACGGCCAUUCUGGGCCUUGUUACUCUGAGCGGCUUAUUGUCAAAAGCAUAUGCAAGUUCACCAACGGUAGAUCUAACCUUAGUUGCUCCAUGGUUUGCCCCCGAUUUCCUUUUGGAAGUCGCUGAAACUAUAGCUGUGCAUAACGAGGAAAGCUAUUAUAGGUUUAUUGAUACAAUCAGAACGCAUCAAGAGCCUUACAACUGGACUCCUCAAAAGGUUUACGAAGAAGCUGUCAAAGCUGCAGCUUCUCUAAAAGAAAUUGACGUGGACUUAUUAAAAUUAUCGCUUUCUCUUCAUGAGGCUGCACCACGUAUUGAAGCAUAUUUCCAGUACUACAAUCAAUUGGUUACAGCCAAUCUGACAGAAUAUGAUCAACAGUGCGAUGUUUGGGUCCAUAUAGGAAAUAAACAGGUUUGCGACCUUGAAUUGUUGACAGAUACGAUACAAGAUUUGAAAGACACUGCUUAUGUCAACCUCUUGCCUUUUGAUCAUAUUACUGAUGACACGUUACAAAAGCCAACAGUUGUGUUAUACACAGAUAGCUUUUCAGCAAAGUUCAACAUAUUUUACACGUGGCUCAAGGAUGCUGCAGAUCAGCAUAAAAUUGCAUACAUCAUUCGCUAUAGACCUCCUGUCUCCGAUAGCAUGAAAAAGCCACUUUAUCUUUCAGGAUAUGGUGUUGAGAUGGCAUUGAAAAAGACAGACUAUCUUGUGAUUGACGACAGAAAGACACAGGAUGACAAACCACAGCAUGUCUUGAAGGAGAAAUUACUUAACUUUGGAAAGAAACUUAAUCAUGCACUAUUUGACACAACUGAGGAAGCAAGUAUUCAGCCGCUAACUCCGUCAAAGAUUGGUCAACUGGGACUAAAGGCCGCUCAAUACAUUGCAAAAUCCAACAAUCCAUUGGAAACCAUGUCACUUCUAGCCCAAGACUUUCCAAAGUAUGCAAAGAGUAUUAGCAUGAUUGAACUAGAUAAGGAAUUUGAAAAUGAGGUUCUGGAAAACCAGUAUUCAUCCGUUCAAGGUGGUUUAAACGCUGUAUGGAUUAACGGCAAAGCGCUUGAACUUCGUCAAGUGGAUCCGUUCUACCUUGCUCGUCUUCUUCGUGACGAAAAAAAGCUUAUCCAGUCAAUACAGGCUAUCGGAUUUUCCUCCAGGGAAGCUAUUGAACUUAUAUCUAAUCCAAUACUAUCCGAGGGGGAAAGCAUGGGCAAUGAUAUUAUAAGUGGUGUAUAUGAUGUUAGAGAUACCCCUGAAAACCCAUUUGUAGUAUGGUGGAAUGAUAUUGAGAAGGACACACAAUAUGAAGACUGGCCAUCCAAUAUCAUGGAGAUAUUAAAGCCAACCUAUCCAGGGCAGCUACACCCCAUAAGAAAAAACAUUUACAACCUAUUGCUAGUUGAGGAUUUAGCUUCCACUGCAUCUCUGUCUAGGAUUGUAAACGAAAUUCAAACCAUGAUCAAGCGUACCAUUCCCAUAAGGUUUGGGCUCAUAGCUCUUGUUGAAGAUGAUAAUUCAGCUUCUACCUUAAUGGCACGCGCUCUAUAUUACCUUGUAAAAAACAAUGGUAAAGGAGAUGCCAUAAAGUUCUUGGAAACGAUCCUGGAGCUUACUAGUUCUAAUGGAUUGGAUCGAGCAACGACUGAAAUGAUUGAAAGAGCAUUCAAUGGGCAUAUGUCCAUAGCUCAUGAGACCUUAAGUUCUGAACAAGUCAUCGACCAGUCACAAGCUUUUAUCACAGCUACACGCCAAUUUAUGAAACGCAUGGGAAUAAGUCAAUCCAAGCCAAACGAGGGCACCAUGUUUAUGAAUGGAAAGCUUUUGGAGUUUGACGAAGAAAGACCAUGGGUUCAUUCUUUAAUGCCUCAUUUGACUGAGCAAACAAGAUUUAUACAGACAAUGGCAUAUAAUCAAGAGUUUGAUCCAGAUCUCGAUUAUUAUGAAUACACACUAAGCCAGCCUAAUGUUGUUCAGAAACGCAAUCCAUAUAUUUUGGUAUCGCAUACUAACCCACUUCGUAUGCAUACAUUUGAUGCAAUCACAGAGUCGAAAGGAUUAAAGUACUUUCAGAAUGACCAUGAAUCCUUUGUGAAAACCAACCUUUGGGUUGUAUCUGAUUUUGAUACAGCAAAUGGACUGAAGCUAUUGCUAGAGGCUAUUUUGUUUGCAGAAGCUAAUCCCAAAGUCAGAGUUGCCUUUAUACACAAGUCCAUAUACAAGGCGCCUACAAAAGAUACAAAUGAGCCAGAAUUUUCGGACCUUUUAUGCAAGCUUAUUUAUGAACAAGAUACCAAUCUCGCCACUUUAAAAGAGAUCCUACAAAAGACAAAUUUGUUUGCAGACGUUGAUGGUAGUAAUAGCAGCCAGAAGCCUGGUGAAGUGGCUAUACAAAUAAAUGGUGAUGGACUAGAGCCGGUGCCUAUUAUACCCGGUACUCCUAUUACCGAAAUAGUUACAGAAGCUCAGAGAGAAAAAUGGUCAAACCUCAAUACAGCUCUUGUAAAAGACGGACUAGAGCCUGACUUUACUGGAAUUAUCAUGAAUGGAAGGGUGAUAGGUCCUUUGUCUCUAAGCGAAAACAUACAGUUUACAAACCAAGACUUUGAGACAUUGUACCAAUAUGAGAAUGCUAAGAGAAUUAUGCACGUUGAAAAAGCGAUUAUUGAAAGUGAAAAGGACUUGCAGAAUAAUACAUCUGAUGCUGUUAUGAAGCUCACUGCUAUUAUCGAAAAUGACAAGGCGCAGGCUACUCAAGAUGUUAUUGAGAGUCAUGAACCUGUGCAUCGAAGAAGACAAUAUCAAAAGAUACCUCGUACGCAAUAUACUCAAUUUACAGCUGGCAAUUAUUCUGACGACACAUUUUUGGAAAUUGGGCUGAUCAUUGACCCACUAAGUGAAGCAGCUCAAAAAAUAGCACCUAUUGUCUACACACUUUCUGAGAUAGAAGGUGUCUCAGUGGUUACUUACCUAAACCCUGUAUCCACUCUACAAGAGUUGCCACUAAAGAGAUUCUAUCGAUAUGUAUUUGAUAAGGAGCCUCAUUUUGAUACGAAUACUGGAGAGAAGCAAGUACCUACCGCAUAUUUUGCCAAUUUACCUGUCAAGCCGCUGUACACCUUGGGUGUCGAAACUACUAACGCUUGGCAUGUUACUGUCAAAGAGGCCAACAUGGACUUGGACAACAUCUUGUUGACAUCAAUCCCUGACAAUCAACAUGGAGUAUCUGCAGUCUAUGAGCUGCAGAGUAUACUUGUUGAAGGACACUGUCUUGAUUCGAUAAACAAAUCACCACCUCGUGGGCUUGAAUUCGAGCUAAUCUCUCCCUCUGGACUGGACAAGAAAGACACCCUUGUCAUGGCCAACCUUGGCUAUUUUCAGCUAAAAGCCUCUCCUGGUAUCUGGAAACUAGCUCUAAGAGAGGGUCGUUCUUCCUCUGUAUAUUCUAUACAGGACGUGGGAGCCAAUGGAAAAUGGAACUGGAAUACAGAGUUCAAUGGUUCCAAAAAAAUUGAUGACACUUUAGCAUUGAUUUCUUUUGAAGGACUUACAAUCACACCACUCGUUCAUAAGAACCCUGGAAUGGAGGAUGAGGAUGUGCUAGAACCAGCGCAGCCCAAGUCAAAAGAGAAUACCGGUGGACUUUGGUCUUCUAUAAAUCAAAAGAUAUUUGGAAAAAAGGAAACUGAAAGCGCAUUAUCAUUGACUAACAAGGCUACUAAUGCUGAAAUCAACAUAUUCUCAGUUGCCUCUGGUAAAUUGUAUGAAAGAUUCCUUUCUAUAAUGAUGGCAUCUGUCAUGAAGCACACCAAGAGCACUGUAAAGUUCUGGUUUAUUGAGAACUUCUUAUCACCCGAGUUCAAGGACUUUGUUCCACAUAUGGCAAAAGAAUAUGGGUUUGACUAUGAGAUGGUAACAUACAAAUGGCCAGCAUGGCUGAGAGCUCAACAUGAAAAACAACGUACUAUUUGGGGCUACAAGAUUUUAUUCUUGGAUGUAUUGUUCCCAUUGAGCCUGAAUAAAGUAAUCUUUGUGGAUGCGGAUCAGAUUGUCAGAACUGACCUAAAGGAGCUUAUUGAUAUGGACCUUCAUGGUGCACCUUAUGGUUAUACACCUUUCUGUUCAGAUCGAACAGAAAUGGACGGCUUUAGAUUCUGGAAAGAAGGGUACUGGAAGAACCAUCUGAGAGGAAAGCCUUAUCAUAUUAGUGCUCUUUAUGUAGUUGACUUGGUGCGUUUCCGACAGUUAGCAGCAGGUGAUCGUCUGCGUGCCCAAUAUCAGCAGCUUAGUGCAGAUCCAAACUCUUUAGCUAAUCUUGAUCAAGACUUACCCAACAACAUGCAACAUAUUGUUCCCAUCUAUUCUUUGCCACAAGAAUGGCUCUGGUGUGAAACUUGGUGUAGUGAUGAGAGUCUUAAAAAGGCCAAAACUAUCGAUCUAUGCAACAAUCCUUUGACAAAGGAACCAAAGUUGGAUCGUGCUCGUCGUCAGGUGCCAGAAUGGGAAACGUAUGAUAAAGAAAUUGACGAGCUACGUAAGCGGAUUACGGCAGAUGGAAGCUCUAACUUACCUAAGCAAGACAAGCCCUUUAUAAAGGAACACUUGAAAGAUGAACUUUAGAAGAGUUAGUAAACCAAUAAAAGGAACAACUGAUGUCUCUUAAACUUUAAUAAAUUCAUAAUGAACAGUAUACGCUUAUGUUGAAUGGGCAAAUACUUUAUUACACAAACAAGAG